AUGUUCGGCGAUCGAAUCGUCGUUCCAUCAAAAUUCCGGAAGCGAAUCGUCUGCCAGCUACAUCGUGGGCACCCAGGAAUGGAGCGGAUGAAGUCUCUGGCUCGUAGCUACAUUUACUGGCCGAAUGUUGACGACGAUGUGGCGCAAUUCGUUCGUCAGUGCGAUGCAUGUGCUGAAGCAGCGAAGGCUCCGACGAAAGCAACCCUGGAAUCAUACCCUCUUCCGCACCGGCCGUGGCAACGAGUACACGUCGAUUUCGCUGGCCCAAUCGACGGACAUCACUAUUUCGUGAUUGUGGAUGCCUACUCUAAGUGGCCCGAAAUUUUUCGCACUAGAUCCAUCACCACGACAACAUCUUUGGACCUGCUUCGUGAAACAUUUUCCCGUUACGGCAAUCCAGACACGCUAGUUUCAGAUAACGGAACGCAGUUUACGAGCGGACAGUUUCAACAGUUUUGCAGUGAGAAUGGCAUCAACCAUAUUCGUACUGCUCCAUACCACCCGCAGUCGAAUGGCCAAGCUGAACGUUUCGUGGAUUCCCUCAAACGCGGCCUUAAGAAGUUAGGUAAGGGGGAAUCACCAACAUUACAGCAUCUACAGACGUUUCAUUCAGUGUACCGAUCAACACCCAACCGGAAUACACCUAAGGGAACGUCUCCAGCCGAAGUGUUUUUAAAAAGAACGAUGCGCACUACGUUGGAUCUGUUGAGGAAACCAUCUCCUCCGACUGCAACCGUUAACCACAAACAAAAUGAACAAUUCAACAAACGGCAUGGAGCGGUCAAACGAUCAUUUGUAGAGAAUGAUUUGGUGUAUGUUGAACAACACGUACACAACAAUAAGUCGUGGUUUCCUGGUCGAGUCAUUGAACCACAAGGAUCCGUUCACUAUGUCGUGUCGCUUGACUUGCAUGGAAGACAGAAGGUGGUUAGAUCGCAUGUCAACCAAAUGCGUUCUCGCUACGGUUCCGAAACCCCUGGGCAAGAACAACAACAACUUCCAUGGGAAGUUUUAUUAGAAGAAGUUGGUACUACUGCUGCAGUGAAACCAGCUGACAAUCAUGUUGCUAUUAAUUUGUACUCUACGGUGCCAGCUGAUGUUCCUGUUUUUGAAAAUCCGCAAACCGAUUUUAACCCGCCAACAACCAAUGAACAACCAUCUGCUUCAGCAUCGGAAUCCAUCGCAUCCGAAUCCGUCAUUGCCGAAUCUAUCGCAUCUGAAUCCGUCGCAUCCGAAUCCAUCGGAAGCUUACUACGUCGUUCCGUACGAACACCGAGAAUCCCUCGAUGGCUCUCAUCAUACGACCUUUAUUAAAAAGGGGGAGAUGUAGUAGGCUAUGACUACCUAACAGUGGGAUUUUGCCUCAGCAGAAUUUCACUUCCUAGGCAUAGUAGCCUAUGCCAUGUUUAGUAAUAAAUUAGUUCAUAGUUAACCACCAAACUAGCAAGUUGGUUUUUAUUUGCUCUCUGUGUGAACUGUAACAAUGUGACUAAUACAUGCUCAUGACAUGUUUGCGACCAUCGCUUGAACAUGACAAAUUCCGGCUGAAAUAAAAUCAUCUCAGCGUCACGAGCUCUACUGUAAUGAUCAAAGGCAAGCCUCAAACACUUGGUGCGACCAUCACAUGCUUGGUGACAUUCCCGCUUGGCAAAGAGUAACUCAUUUUAAUGCCUCUCGCUACCCCUGGCCCUAGUUUUAAAGGAAUCAUGCGACACACCCAAGUGCCACUAAUCCACUAAACGACCACUAAACGGCUUCUAAACGACUCAAGUUCUCUACCUAAACGGAAUAUAGAAAGACUUCGUUUAGCAGACGGCAAACGACUCAUGCAUUCUAAAAAUAGCGAAAAAGCUGGUGGCGCUCUCUGUUGGUGGGGUACCCCAACCAGUGCAGCUUCAUCGCUUGGAGGAGAGCUUUCUCAUUUCCUCUGUACUGUUGUAUGGUUUCGCAUUGAAGUUAUGCAUCGCUAGAACUAGAACAGCGAUACGCUUGUUUAAAUACUAAACUCCAACAGAAACCACCAGCACUGAAGCAAGUGAGAUUUGAGUAAUGGUCGUUGGUGUUGAUACCCACGUAUCUGACCACACGACCAUUCAUGUAGAUUUUUGCUAGGAAAGUUAUAAGGCUGUAGGGAACUAUGUUAGGAAACUGCUCGACAGCAAGAUUAGGGAACUGCUCGAUAGUAGCAUUAGGAAACUGCUCGAUAGCAGCAUUAUAAUAUAGUCGCCCAACUCGUGGGCGUAAACAAGGCGCAUAAGAUACUUGUCCUUAUGCGACUCGAUGCCCGCUUGGCAAAGAGUAACUCAUUUUAAUGCCUCUCGCUACCCCUGGCCUUAGUUUUAAAGGAAUCAUGCGACACACUCGCACUUCACUUCCCCAUCCCAUGGAAAAACGCUCCCACUAUCGAGGUGUUGACCAAAAUUUCGCUGUAUACAUAAGACACACGGGGCGACUAUGGGCUUCGAACGACUAGAUCCGUUCGCCGCGGUUGUCAGAAGGCGCUCACUUGGCGCUCAGUUUUAAAAUAACGUACCAUUGAGAGACCGCAAGAAGCGCGCGAAAGAAUGAGUUCUACCUGCCGGGGUCGAACGUUCCCGUUUGUAUGGGGAGAAAUCCGCGAGGUUUUGCGCUGCGGAUUUGGAACGAAUGUUGUUUUCAAUGAAACGUUUUGCUUCAAAUUUAGCUUUAAAUGAUUGAACUUAGAGGUAUGUAACAUUUUGAAAAUGUUUUGUGAUCUAUUUCCAAUAAAACAAGUUUUCAUCAGGUUUGAAAAUUCAUAAAAAA